AUACCAACGGCUGGCUGGCUGGUGAUUUUCUUUGUAUUAUUAAAGCUGCUGUUCAGUGGUUAUCGGUCAGAUGGUUUUUACAGGACAAUACUGUAUGUUAAACCGCUUAAUGGAAAAUCCUAACUUGGACUUUACCUCUUGUCAUAACUUUACUAAGUAAGGAUUGUCUAAAGUGUCAUGGCAGAAGAAGGUUCUAGAAUUAGAGCUGGUGUAAUGAGUGACAGUCACAGCGUGGUGCUGCACACACAACUUUCCAGGGACACAGGGACAUUUCCUGGAGCAGUGUUCGAGCUUACACAGGACGAAGAGGACGUCCAGUUUGACACUUCAGACUCGGAUAAUAACUAUGAGCUAUUGAUGGCAGGAAAACAGUAUCCCUCCAUUAAGGAGUUUGCCUCUGCUAUUCCUAAUCACUUGCUGCUGGGGUCUCUGCUUGAGCAUUUGUGCUUUGUGUAUGAGAGAGACCCUGCACAAUCUCGUAUGCUGUUCAAAGUGAUUGGUCAGCGACUAGCAGCAAUGAACCUCCUCUCCCCCCUGGCUGUCAGUGAUGAGUUCAGCACAGUGAGACUGCAACACAGCCGGGCCUUCGCUGAGCUCCUGCAUGCAGCCAGUUCAUCCCUGUUUCCUCAGAAUCAAAGGUACCUAAAUGCUGAUGGGCAAAACCCUGUGCUAAGAACAAAAGAUGGCCUGUUUCAAACCUCUCGCUACCUCAGUGAAUUCGAAGAAAUUUCACCACUGGGCAGAGGAUCAUAUGGAAAAGUCGUUAAGGUGAAAAACAAGUUGGAUGGACAGAAUUACGCUGUAAAAAAGAUUCUGAUUAAGAAUGUGACGAGGACCGACUGUAUGAAGGUUUUACGGGAGGUUAAAGUUCUCUCCAGUCUUCAGCACCUGAACAUUGUCGGAUAUCACACUGCAUGGAUGGAGCAUGUGCAACCUGCUGUGAAGAAUGGUGCACCUACAAUUCAAUCUGAUAUACCAGCCUUAGAAACACUGUCACAAGCAGAAAGACUUGUUGAGAAGACCACCGGUAGCUCCAGUGGAUCAUCCAUCGUUUUUGAAAACUCUGAAUGUUCAAAGGACAGAAAAGGACAGUCUACAAAUGUGCUAAAUAGCAGCCUAAAUAAUAUUCAGGGAUCUGCUUUGGCAAAAGAGCAGAGGAAUCAGGCACUGUCCACAAAAAAUGUUCACAACCCACAUAACUUUGUUCCGUGUGCGUUCCUGGGAGAGCCACGUUCUGUUGGGGAGAACUGCCCUGCACUUCGGUGGGAAGGUUCAACAGUGUCCGAGGAGUCAUAUGUUGAUAUGAGCAGUCAGCCAUGGGCUGAAAAACAUCCAGGAGAGGUCCAAUUCCAUUUAAUGCUUUAUAUACAAAUGCAGCUGUGUGAGCGUUCAUUGAAAGAAUGGAUUCAGGAAAGGAAUUCUACAAUAUCUACACGCUCAGUUCAAUCAUUUGACACUCAACAAGCAUCUGAUAUCUUAAAGAAAAUACUUGAAGGGGUGGAGUAUAUUCACUCGCGUGGAAUCAUGCAUAGGGACCUUAAGCCAAGGAAUAUUUUUCUGCAUGGGCACGAGUGCCAUGUAAAAAUCGGAGACUUUGGAUUGGCUUGUACGGAUAUUGUGAUAAAUGAAAAUGAACAGCUCAUCUCCGGUUCUCAUUUAAAUGGAAAUGCAGAGUCCUCUCACACUACAGGAGUGGGUACUUUUGUUUAUGCUUCUCCAGAACAGCUACAGGGUUCUAAUUAUGACUCAAAGUCAGAUAUGUACAGCAUUGGGGUGAUUGCUGUGGAGCUGUUCCAGCCGUUUGGGACAGAGAUGGAACGUGUGAGAACACUUGGAGAUCUGAGAAAAGGGAAGGUUCCAGAAGCCCUGUACACAAACUGGCCAGCCCUGACCGAGCAAAUUAAACUGAUGACCAGCCUGGACCCCUCACUGCGACCAAGUGCAUCCCAACUACUGAAAAGUGAUCUCUUUAACAACAAAGACGUGGUAAUCCACAGUUUACAACGAAGAAUUUCUGAGCAAGAAGAGGAAAUCAUUCAACUCAGAAGACAGAUCAGUAAACUACAAACCUCACAAAAUGGACCAGAGAGAGAAUCACUAAAAUAACUGUGCCAAGUGAGACUUAUGUGUACAGUUUUCUUUAUUUAUUCCUGUGACAAGUUGCCCUGUAGACUGUGGAUUUCUGGCAACAAUUUCAAGUUUUCCUUCUGUGUUUAAACCAAUAAAGUAUUUGAUAUGUUUA